AUGGUGCUCUUCUUCACGUCGAAGGCUGUGUCGCCGCCCGUUACCAUCUACAUGGGACGAGACAAGGUCGAGAAUGAGGAGCUGAUCAAGUAUGGCCUGCCGACUGAUGUCUGGUUCCAUGUCGACAAGCUGAGCUCGGCCCACGUCUACCUCCGGCAAAGCGAGGGUGAGCCUCACGGCCCCUGGGAUGCGCUUCCAGCGGCGCUGGUGAACGAUGCGGCGCAGCUCGUUAAGGCGAACAGUAUUGAGGGCAACAAGAAGGACAACAUCACGAUAAUCUACACACCAUUCACAAACCUCAAGAAAACUGGUGAUAUGGCUGUGGGCCAGGUCUCAUUCCACUCAGACAAGAAGGUCAAGCGCGUCAAGGUCAGCACACGGGACAACGCUAUUGUGAACCGGUUAAACAAGACCAAGGUCGAGCGCGAGGUGGACCACGAGUCGGAGCGGCAAGAGCGGCUCCGCGCCGAGGGACGGCGGAAGAAGGCUGAGGCGCUUGUGAGGCAACAAGAGGAGGCCGAGCAGAAGCGCAAGUGGGCCGAGGACAAGGCCGCACGAUCCUACGACGGCAUGUUCACAGAGGAGGCGAUUGAGGGGGCGAAGGAGGACUGGAGUGACGACGACUUUAUGUAG